AUGUUGGACCCUCUUACAUUAGCUAUCGCCCCUUGCAUAUAUCUCCUUUACUCGCUACUUAGCAUAAUACACACACUAUAUCUCCAUCCCUUGCGACACAUUCCUGGACCUAAAUCAUGGAUAAUCCUACCACUCUUCCGACACAUUUCAGCAGUCCGAGGGCGAUUAGAUGCUGACAUACAUCGCUUUCAUGAAGAGUAUGGCCCUGUGGUACGCGUCACCCACAACGAAGUCUCUUUCAUCACCACAGAAGCGUGGAACAAGAUUUACGGACAUGGCCACCGUGAACUACCAAAAGUAACCAGCUCCGCGGCCAACCCGAGGGACAUAGUUAGCUCCAACACAGCAGACCACAAUCGCUUCCGCAAAGCGCUAUCACACGCCUUUUCCUCUAAGGGCUUACAGGCCCAGGAGCCUCUCAUCAAUAGCUACGUCGACAAAUUAAUCACUAGGUUAAGGGGUAUCGCAGAGUCACAGCUCCCAGCUGAUAUGGUCAAGUGGUACAAUCUGACCACCUUCGACAUUAUCGGUGAUCUGGCUUUUGGAGAACCCUUUGGCGGUCUUGAAAACUCCCAGUAUCACUAUUGGGUUGCAACGGUCUUCCAGUUUAUUAAGCUCUUACCGUUCAUCAAGUUAAGGGAUGCAUACCCCACAAUCUUCAAGCUUCUAGCCCUCGUUAUGCCAAAAUCACUCCUGAAUGCACGGAAGCGCCAACAGGCACACACUAGGACAAUUGUCCAGAAGAGACUCGACAAUGCAUCGAAGUAUGAUCGCGGAGACUUUAUGGAUUCAAUGUUGCGAAAUCACCACACAAAUGAUGGCCUAACUCACGAAGAGAUCGUGGCCAAUGCGAAUGUGCUUAUCAUUGCUGGCAGUGAGACAACUGCCACACUGCUUUGCGGCAUCACAUACUGGCUGCUAAAGACACCCGACGCGCUUGAAAAAGUGACCACCGAAGUUCGUUCCACCAUGAAGUCCGAGACCGAUGUUACCGCCACCCUCGUUGCUGCGAAGCUUCCUUACCUGCAAGCCUGCAUCGAUGAAGCGUUUCGCAUGUAUCCUCCUGUUCCGACUGGGCUCACCCGCAUGACUAUUGAGCCGACAAUUAUUUCGGGCUAUAAGAUCCCUUCUGGCACCAAAGUCUACGUGCAUCCGCUCGCUGCUUACAAGUCAGCUAGUAACUUUUAUGCACCUGAACAUUAUCUUCCCGAGCGGUGGCUACCAGAAGCCAAAACAGACCCAUCUUCACCAUUCUUCUCUGAUAACAGAGAAGUGCUCCAACCAUUUUCUACUGGGCCGCGGAACUGCAUCGGGAGAAACCUGGCUCUUGCUGAAAUGCGACUCAUUCUUUCCCGUUUGUUGUGGAACUUUGAUCUGGAGCUUAGUGAGGAAAGUACACAAUGGUCGGAUCAGAAGACAUUUACCUUGUGGGAGAAGCCUGCGCUGAUGUGCAAGUUGUCCUUGAGGAGCUAG